AUGGCAACUACACCGUGGACCGUCACAUCCAGCAAACGCCGGAGCACUCCUACAACUUUCACUGGCCGCAAGCGACAGCGUCGAGACGACACCCCUUCGAGGCCCCAGCAGACCCUAACGCAAGCGCAAUGGGUCAGUCGGCCACAACAGUCUUUCGACGAAUCGGACAUGAAUCCGAUCGAAUCCACGGCGAGACCAGUGAAGGCUGAGAGGUUGAGGAAGAGGAAUGCAACAUUGACGCAGAUGGAUUUCUUUGCGACACCCACAGAUCAGGUGGACGAAGACGCCUUGCGAAUGAUUCAGGAGCCGAAGACGGCCGCCGCACGGCCGUUUCCCCAAGUUGACGGCACCUACGAAAGUCCAAGACGGAAACGGAAGAGGAAACCCCCGCCUACCUUGAAGAAAGAAUCGACGGAGAGCCAGGAAUACCAGCCACAAAAGAGUAGGAAAGUUGUCUUUGAACAUGAUGCAAAUCCUUUAAAUCUACGGCGCAGUACCCGCAAAGCCGCCACGCGAAGUACGGUACUGUCAGAUCCGGUCGACAACCUUGAAUACUUCAAUCAAGCUCUUGCUUGCGAUGCAACUCCCCGUGUUCAGCCAAGAUUCGACCGCGAGAUACAAGACUCGACCGAGGAUGGCGACAUCUUUGACAUGUCGAAUUUCACACCCCAUAGAGGUCCCCAAACACCUACCAAAGCGAUCACCUGUGCUGGAGUAAUCAAGUCGAGUCAAUCACCAGAUAGUGUACCUCCGUCCACGGAGCGGUCCACAAGGUCAGACAAGCUUCAACAAGGUAGGCUGCCUCUUAGCCGGCGGUCUGGAAAUGCCCGCGAGUCUGCCGCCGAUUUUGCUCCGCCGCUUGCAUUGUACGGCAAGGAGAACGCCAGCCAGGGAACUGACGCACGGCUCAAGCGGCGCAAGCAGCAACGCACGGCCAAGGUUGAGAAUUCGCAAACUAAUGUCUGGUCGAUUCAGCCAACAUCCUCACCCUCAAAGCGAUCGUCUGAGGCUGAGAUCGUCGCAAGCAUAUCUGGUGCCACGUCUCGAGCAAGAGAAGCUAGUAGCUCGAUUCAAACAGCUAUCGAAAUUCCUUCCACAAGUCAGAUCGAUGCCGCGUCUACACUACCCGAUCCUGAAAAGCAUGUCGUGGAACAUGGUGUCAUACCAGAUACACUCGAUGCUAUGCCUCGCUCUAGUCAACACCGCCAGGAUGAAACCGCGUCUGAGCCUCAAGCAGGCGCAUCUGCGCAUGUCGUGGGCGAAUCCGACCAAUAUGAGUUAGCACCUCCCUUCUGCACCAAAUCAGCGGUUAAAAAUGACGCUGGCGCAAAGCCUGCUCCGGACACACCGAAGCCAUCCCGCCCGUAUGUUGCAGAUUCAGAAGACGCAUACUCCGAGUUUGGGUCACCAAUCUUGAAUGACACGCAGUAUAACGAAGAGAUCAAGCAGAGGACUUCAUCCCCUGGGGCGGCAGAGGAGCCUGAAGCCGAUCAUGAAUCCGCGACAGGUGCAAGUCAGCGAAGUCCGAUCCCUACUCCACGGCUUGUACGACAGUCAAGCCCCCUCCAGCGUAUAGACUCCGAUUCGAGUUCUAGCGGUCUCAGUCUCCCGCCGCCGCCUCCACCGACGGCAAACCCUUUCGGUAUAACGAAGCGUGUGCCACUGAAUGACAUCUUACCAUCUUCUUCUCCACCACUGCCAUCAACAAGAUCAGCCACUCAACGCUCUGUUGGCCCUGCCUCAAUGCCACAUCCUUCGCAGAUUUCGACACAAGAGGCUACGCAAGGCUACGCAGGAUCAUCUUACAUGCCCUUCGAGACGCCUCGCACGACGCAGCGGGUUACGAUCAAGGACUCAAGCUCAAUGCGCAUGCCAAUGAGUCAAAUUCCGCCUCAGCCAUCUCAGUCACAGCUGGACAUUGACCUGGGUCUCGAUGCGUUCAAGCCUGGAGAGGAAGAAGAUGAAGACUACGAUCUUGACCCGCCCAGCUCUGCCGUGCAGCCACAGCACGAAGCAGCCAAGAAGAAAGCUUCUUCGCCCGAGGAGAUUCCCGCAGAGCGCAUCGUUCCGUCCUCCUCGUCGCCGUCGCCCUCACCUAGGCCAUCAGCACGCAUAGAAAUGCCUGACAAGCGAUCCCCCAAUCGACCCGAAAUAUCGACCAGCAAAUCCCCAGUUCACUCUCCUGCACCGCUCCCCCCACUCCUCUCGGACUCCCACGACAUGCACGACGCCGACGGGGAUCUCAACCCCGCCUCCUCCCCUUCCCAGCACUACUCCCCCUCCCAACCAGCCCUCGCGAAGCCUCUGGACCAGUACACGCAGAUCCCCGGCUUCAACAACGAAACCCAGUCCAACUUCACGCAGGGCGGCCACGUCAGUGCCGCGUACGUGCAUCGGCAGCGCGAGGCGGGCGUCUUGCCCAAGUGGUACACGCCUAAGCCGUAUAAGGUGCCGGGGUAUACGCGGCGAUGA